UUCACAUCUUUUUUUUUUCCAGCAGCACAGAUAGGCACCAGCAUUGAUUUGUGCAAACUUCUGAGGUGGCCAUCUCUCAAAUAGGUCUCACACUCUGCCUUGGGCAUCAGCCAUGCCAAAUGAAGCUCCGUCUCCCAUGGCCUCCCCGGUCACCGCUCUUGUAGAGGAUGUCACCUGCUCAAUUUGUCUGGAAUUCUUGAAAGAUCCCGUGAGCGUAGACUGCGGGCACAACUUCUGCCAGCUCUGCAUCACUGCCUAUUGUGAUUCGAUGAAAAAUAUCCGUGGGAAUAUAAGAUGCCCUUUCUGCAAAGCCAGCAUCCAGAAGUGGAAUUUCCGUCCCAAUUGGCAUCUGGUGAAUAUAAUAGAAAACAUCAAACGCCUGCCAGAGGAACAGGUUUUGUGUAAAAAACACAAGGAGAAAUUAAACCUGUUUUGCAAAGAGGAUGAGAAAUUGCUGUGUGUGUUUUGUGAGCACUCCGCACAGCAUCAGGAACACACCGUCCUUCUCCUGGAAAAGGCUGCCCAAGAAUACAAGGAUCGUAUCCACUGCCAUCUUCAAAAUUUGAGGAAGGAAAAAGAAAAAAUCAUGGGAUAUACAGAAGUCACCGAAAAGGAUAGCCAACAGCUGCUUGUAAGUGAAACAAUACAAGCAGAGAGAGUAAAGACGGCGACUGAAUUCAGGCAAUUACGGCAGUUCUUGGAAAGACAAGAGAAACUUCUGCUGGACCAGAUCGAUAAUGUACAGCGAGAUAUUGAAAGGAUAAGGGAUGAGCACCUGACCAGGUUGUCCAGUGAAAUCUCCUCUCUUGACAAUAUCAUGCAAGAGAUGGAGAAGAAGCAACAGCAGUCAGCAGAUCAACUUCUGCGGGAUGUUAAAGGCAUCAUACGGAGGUGGGAGAAGAAAGACACAUUUCUAAAUUCGGUUACUUUUCCUUCUGCACUGAAGUGGAAGAUCUGGGACUUUUGUGACAAAAACCCUUAUCUGAAAAGUGUCUUUGAAAAAUUCAAAGGUUUAACCCCCAUUGCUUUUUCUUCCGCAGAGACCAUAGAAUGCUUACCUCUUCUACAAACAGCAGAUAUAACAAUGGAUCCAGACACAGCCCAUCCUAGACUCCUGUUGUCUGAAGAUGGAAAAAACCUAAGGGGGAGCAACACGAUUCAAGAUCUUCCCAACAAUAUUGAGAGAUUUACUGAAUAUCCUUCUGUGCUGGGGUCUCAGGGAUUCACGGAAGGCAGGCAUUCUUGGGAAGUCACUGGAGGAAAUGAAGGAUUUUGGGUUGUUGGAGUUGCCAGAGAAUCCGUGAAGAGAAAGGAGGAUAUUGAGUUUACUCCUGAAGAAGGGAUCUGGGCAAUGGAAAGCUUUGAAGGGAAAUACCAGGCAUCCUCUGCCUUUUGUUCCUCUCCUCUGCCCUUGAGUAGGAAGCCGGAGAAGAUCCGAGUGAUUCUGAAUUACGAUGGGGGGCACGUGGCCUUUUUUGAUGGUGAUACAGCAGAUCUGCUCUUAGCAUUUUCUCAUGCCUCAUUCUGUGGGGAGACUCUGUUCCCCUUUUUUUAUGUAUUUGGAAAUGCCCAUCUCAGAUUACUUCCCUGAGUCAGUCACAUCUGCUCCUUCAUAGCCCAUGCUCUCCCUAUUGAGCCACAGGGAGAGGCGGGUAAUAAUUUUUUGUGAUGAUGAUUGUUCUGUCGCCGCCAGGCCUGUAUUUAGUUGGCUUUAAAAUAGGAUGUGU